AGCAACGUGUACUAUCACCAGGCUUGCAGCAGCAGCCACCUCUCACCUCUCUGUCUCCGAUCUGCACCUGUCUACCCUACCUGAACCCUGUCACUGGACGGUCCCGUACCCAGGACACCUGAGCGAGCAGAAUUUAAUGUAUUAUAGCCAGAGGACACAAUCUGGGAAGAACAUCAAUAUAUCGGCCGUACUUUCUCUAAAACAUGAAGACAAAGGCAAGAACAGCAAGACGAAGGCUGGAAAUUGAUCUGGAAGAUGACGACAGCCCAGCCCAGCAAACUUCAAGUGAGGAUGAUAAUGAUAAGUGUUACGUCUACAAAGAGAAGAAUAAAGACAAAAGCCAGGAGCCGGGUAAAAGCACAAUUAGGAGGAGAAGACAACCACCCCAGGGUAAGGAACACAGUGUCCGCAGGCUGGAGAGCAAUGAGCGUGAGAGGCAACGGAUGCAUAAGCUGAACAAUGCCUUUCAGGCGCUAAGAGAAGUCAUCCCACACGUCAGGGCAGAGAAGAAACUCUCCAAAAUUGAGACACUCACAUUAGCCAAGAAUUAUAUAAACACUUUAACUGCUACCAUACUGAACAUGUCCAGCGGAUGCUUACCUGGUGUGCAGGACACCGAUACAGGGGGAGGUGGGAAGUUCUACCAGCACUACCAGCAACAGCACGGAGAGGAAGACGAUGAACACUUAGAAAAGUACUCUACGCAAAUCCACAGCUUCAGACAGGGCAGCUGAUGUCCGAAACCAUGGACUGUUUUUAUUUUACUAUUAGGCACAUUGCAGAGAAAAUGUAAGACUCUAUUAUACUAUGAACAUAUAGAUACACCUACUGUAGGUACAAGGAAAGAGAAAUGUUGCUUUUAUGACCAAUCAUGGGCACUUUACUUAGCAGUUCUGAUUACAUUGUUGAUUAUUUGUGGAGAGUUAGAACCGGGUGCAGAUAAAUAUUAUGUGGGUUAUUGCAGAAUUAAGGUACUGAGACCUUAGUGGUCCUCCAUUGUUUUUCUUAUUAAUAUUGUAUUAUUAUUACUAAUCAUUCCUUUUGGUUUCAGAAUAAGAAAGGGGCUUUGGUGGGUUAGAUAAUGUAAUCGAAUUACUAUUUAGAAAAAGUGCAUGUAAACUAUAUGUAUUACCUGUGUAUUUGCGUGCACACAUUAGUGUGUGUAUAUACUAUAUGUACGGUAUGUAUAAUUCAUACUAUACAUUUUAGUCUUCUGUUGUAUAAGAUCACCAAUUACUGGUGACUUGCUGUUGGAUGUCGGCAUCAUCUGCGUCUAAAGUGGCCUGCCAGCCAUCACAUUACAUAGCAAAAUAAAGGAACGUAGUUUUUUUGCGAUGUACUUACUACAGUAUAUCACAACUACGGUCAAUAGUUUUAUAUUUAUUACAAUACGCAUUCUAUGGUAAUAUCUUAAAUUGGUUUCUCAUUGAGACAUUGGUGUCUAUUCAUGAAGCAGUGAAAAGAGUGGAGAAGCGAGCCUGUGGAGAAGUUGCCCUUGGCAACCAAUCAGCUGUUCCAUACAAUUGUAUAGUAUGUAAAUUAUAAAUGUUACUUCAAUGUUGAUUGGUUGCCAUGGGCAACCUCUCCACACUUUUCACUGCUUCAUGAAUAGACCCCUAGGGGUGGUAACCAAUUACACGCAAUAGUGCUGCAGCCACAGGGUUUUUGGGGUUUUUUGCAAUUUUUUUAAUCACCCCUAUCCUAUUGCUUCGCACGAAAAACCCACCUUUUUUGUGUGACAAAACAUAGGUUCUGUGAAAAGCCGCAGACCUAUGUUUUCUUGCAUCAGGCAGGUGAUAGCAAUCCCCGAUAAGUGCCAGCAUUGGGGUAUAAGUGCUGGCCAUCAGGGCUAAUAGGAUUCCCUGGAGGAGGGGGGGGGGGGGCAGGGCAGGAGAUAUAAAGCACUUACCAGUCAGCUCCUAACUGCCAUGUUACAGGCUGGGUUUGAGAAAUGACAGGAGCUGAUUAGUUGGUAGUUUAUCUCUCUAUGCUUUAUCUUUCUCCAUGCUUUGAUGAAGACCCCCAUAAAGGGCCUAUUAAGACAUGUCUAAUUUUUGCCCCAAACUCUAUAACUUCCUAUUGCCGUAUAUUGCAGAGAUAGGAAAUUAGUUUCCAAACCCGUUAUAAAAAAAAACCCUCCAGCCGACACAGCGCCCCCUCCAGCCGGGACAGCACCCCCUCCAGCCGGGACAGCGUCUCUGAUAUGAGGUAAUCUCAGAGGAGAGUGAAUAGUAAUGUGACAGCAUUAUCUGAGGUCAGACCCAGGUUACCUACAGCGCAUACAUGGCCAUUGUGCUGGUGGGAAGAGUCCUGUCUGGCACACCUGUAGCCUAUAGCUUGUCAGAGUUUAGUAAAUUAGCUCAGACUUCAGUUUCGUAGGGAAUAACAGGGACUGUGGUCAACAGUGUUGGUUUGCUGAAUAUAUAGACUUUUUUGUUGAAUUGUAGGAACACUUAAAACUGCCUGAACCAUGCAGAAACACAUUUACACCUGCUUUUAAGUAGUGUAUGGUCUGUGAUAUUCUUGAGAAACACUGGAAAACUGUGAUCAAAUGCAAUUAUCUUUCUGUAAGAACACCCUAUAUAAUUAGCAGGAACUGUAACUCUCUACAGGACCGUAGCACAAUGUAAAUGUUAAAUCACAUCCAAACGUGGUUUGUGUGAAACAUCAGGUUUAUACAGCCAGGAAGGACUUUGCUGCAGAUGCAGUUGUCUACUUACACAAGCCACUCUACUGACAAUAUACAGUAUAUACUGUACUUGUAUAGUUUGCUCCCUUGGAACUGAGAUAGUCAUAAACUGAACAUGUUGCUACAGUAUAACAGGGGAGUAAGGGAAGUGGGUGCUGGCCAAACUAUGGUGUGACAGGCACCAGCCUACGGCAUGCCUUACUCUGUGGUGCGACAAUGACCACUCAAUUUUGUAUCCAAUCAUGUAAUGGUAAAUUGCACUAUGUUACUUAGCGAUUUGACUCCUCCCAUUGUGACAUCAGCACAUGCCUAAAUAAGCCCCUCCCUUUCAGAGACUCAAACUUAGAGCUUCAAUUAGCAGCAGCAGCAUGAUGUUUCUGCACAUAUUACAAGCACAGUAAUAAUAAGUCGUUAUUGUGUUUGCUCAUUUAAGGACUAUUUAUGAGCGUGAUCCUUAUCAUGAGGUCUUGUAACUGCAUACCUGUGGGUACACUGCACACUGAGAAUUGCAUCUAAUAGAAUCACCUCCAGAGUGACUCAGUGACAUCACUAGUUCUCUGUGUCAGGUGACCGGCGUCGGUCUUCUGACCAGUGUCAGGAUUCCAACUGCCAGCUUCCCGAAAGCAGGUAUGCUGACCAAAAUCUCUAGUGAAUUCAUAGACUGAAUAUUCGUUCUAUCCUCAAAUGAGUGGUCUCCACUGUUUUUAGGCAACACAUCUAGCCCUGCCAGUAUCAUCUUUUCAUAACACCCUUUCAGGAGAACGUAUGAAAUCAUGGGGUGGAAUAGCUUGAUGUUGCCGGCUGCAUCUUUUAGCAGGCCGGACAAGGGGGGGGGUCAUUCCGAGUUGUUCGCUCGUUGCCGAUUUUUGCAACGGAGAGAUUAAGGCUAAAAUGCGCAUGCGCAUGGCACGCAGUGCGCAUGCGCUAAGUAUUUUAGCACAAAACUUUGUAGAUUUACUCACGUCGGAAUGAAGAAUAUUCAUCGUUGAAGUGAUCGGAGUGUGAUUGACAGGAAGUGGGUGCUUCUGGGCGGAAACUGGCCGUUUUCUGGGAGUGUGCGGAAAAACGCAGGCGUGUCAGGGAAAAACGCGGGAGUGUCUGGAGAAACGGGGGAGUGGCUGGCCGAACGCUGGGCGUGUGUGUGACGUCAAACCAGGAACGAAACGGCCUGAGCUGAUUGCAAUCUGUGAGUAGGUCUGGAGCUACUCAGAAACUGCUAAGAACUUUCUAUUCGCAAUUCUGCGAAUCUUUCGUUUGCUAUUCUGCUAAGCUAAGAUACACUCCCAGAGGGCGACGGCCUAGCGUGUGCAAUGCUGCUAAAAUCUGCUAGCGAACGAACAACUCGGAAUCACCCCCACUGUGCAUUAUGCAACAAUUCAUCAUACUCAUUCAAUGAUCAUGGAGAGCUGCUCUUCAUAGGCAAGUCAGAUGCCUUAAUGGGUCUAUUAUUCUCCUCUGGGAGUCCUCCCAAUAAUGCAGGAGUCUCCGGAAACUACAGUAUAGACAACAAGUGCUAAAUAAGCAGGUUUUUAAAAGAAGAGGUUGUAAAACAAAUUAAAAAACAAAACAAAAAGUGUUCCCCCUUCCCCCCUCUGAUUCUUAUGAACCUUUUCUGAAUAUCCUUCUCUACUGAUCAUUACCUUUCACAAGCUGAAUGUGAAGUGGUCGUGGCUUAAUGUUUCAGAAUAGUUGUUUUAUGGAGAAUUUACUUUUAGAAGUUCAUUUUGAACAUGAGAAACGUAAUUAUGUAUUUUUUUGUAAAUAAAUAGCAGCUACUUUGUAAUAGGUUUUAACAAGAAAUGUCAUCAGUUACUUAAAACAAACACACCAAUAUAAAAAAAAACCCUACAUUGUAUUUGUCUUCUUUUAAAAGUUGAUAAAUUCGCAGAGACGUUUUCAGAGCUUUGUCUGUGAAUAUGGCUAACUUUGUGCUGCAACAAAAACAACACAUUUGUGAAAGGAGGGGAUGGAGGUCUGUAUGCAGGGGUGUAGUACGGCUGACCGGCGGUCUCCUGACUGCCGGUCAGCUUACCGACGCCGGGAUCCCGGCAGCAU